AUGCUUUCAGGUGAUAAUAGUUUAGAUAAAUGUGUAGUCGUCGUUGUUGAUAGUGAUAGUGGUAGUAGUGAUAGUGAUAGUAAUAUUAGUAAUAAUAGUAAUAAUGGUAGUAAUUCUGAUGAAUACUUGGAUAAUAUAGAACGAGUAUAUCAAUGUCAAGAAGAUUAUCAUGAUGGUAGUGAACACUAUAAAAGCUUUAGAAAGUUUUUACAUAAUCAUCGUUGGGGAUAUACUUUUACUACUCAUUAUACCUUUAAAGGUAAAUUAAAGUCUAUCGAUAGGGCUAGUAAACGUGAUCGUGAUAUUUAUAGAUCUAUGAAGAUGGAUUCAUCAUAA